GGCUGAGCGCUGCGUGCUCGUGUGGGCCGUUCUGCACCACUUGUACUUCUACCACAUGCAGCGCGUGGGGAUGAGGCUGAGAGUAGCCGUGUGCCAUAUGAUCUACCACAAGGCCCUUCGCCUAAGUAGCUCGGCCAUGAGGAAGACCACCACAGGCCAGGUAGUCAACCUACUGUCCAACGAUGUGAACAGGUUUGACCAGGUAACGAUGUUCUUGCACUAUCUGUGGGUGGGGCCACUGCAGGCUAUCACAGUGACCGCCCUGCUCUGGAUGGAAAUAGGAAUGUCGUGUCUUGCUGGGAUGGCGGUUCUCAUUAUUCUUCUGCUUUUGCAAAGCUGCUUUGGAAAGUUGUUUUCAUCACUCCGGAGUAAGACUGCAGCUCUCACAGAUAACAGGAUCAGUACCAUGAGUGAAGUUAUAAGUGGCAUCAAAACAAUAAAAAUGAAUGCUUGGGAAAAGUCAUUUAUAGACCUUAUUUCCAGACUGAGAAGGAAGGAAAUUUCCAAGAUUCUGAAAAGUUCCUACCUUAGAGGAAUGAAUUUGGCAUCAUUUUUUGCUGUCAGCAAAAUCAUGAUUUUUGUCACCUUCAUCACCAAUGAUCUCCUUGACAACCGUAUCACAGCCAGCCAAGUGUUUGUGGUGGUGACGCUGUUCGAGGCUCUGCGGUUCUCAAACACUCUCUACUUCCCCAUGGCUGUUGAGAAGGUGUCAGAGGCCAUUGUCAGCAUCCAAAGAAUCGAGCCUGUCCUGUGCCCCUUGAUGCCUGAAGGCCUGGGCAUGGCCUUCCUCGCUGUGUUCCUAGCAAGUGUCACGUGGUGCUUGGCUCCUCGGUGGGAUUCAAACUUCCUAUUACUUGAUGAGAUACAGCUCAACCCUCAGCUGGCAUCAGAUGGAAAGGAUAGUGACAUGAACAAUUUCACUGCUUCUUGGGAUAAG